AGAAGAAGGCAGACUCUCCACUCUUGGAGGGCUUUGGAGACCCCCACGUCGAGGGGAGCCCCGGGGGGCGGGGGGAGCCAUGAGGCCGAAGCUGAGAUUCACCCCUUCGGGGAGUACGACCUCCAUGGACGAUCGAGGCAGAUCUGCCCGCCCCAGAACGGGGGGUCGAGGGAGAAAGGCCAGGGCCAAGUCCAAGAGGAACCGCCAGAGGAGCCGUGAGCCCCCUGGGGUGUCCAUGGAGUCUGUCGUCAGACAAAGCAGCCAGACUUCUCUGAUCGUGGUCCGGGAUCCAGGCCUAGGGGAAGAAACAGGCAGUACAGACCCGGAGAGGACUCCUCUUCAACCUUCUCCUCUUCCUCCUCCUCCUCCUCCUCCUCCUCCUCCCCCCCUCAAAACUGGCUGGAGAGUGAGUCUCAUCAGUUACCUGGAGAAAACGUCUCAGGAUGCCCUCCUCAAGUGCUCCAGAGUAGCUGUGCUCCAGAAGAGGGUGAAGGUAUUGCUACUUCUCAGUGUGAUGGGUUUGAGUUUGAGCUUCGGCCGACACUGGCAGACACACUUCCUGCAGAAGGUUUUAGGCCCUGACCCUACAGACCUGAGGGAGUAUCAGGAGAUGGUCCAAUUCCAAGCUGGCGAAAUCAAAGACCUCAGAGCAAUCAUGGAUAAUCUACUCGCCACACUGCAAGAGAUCAGAGCCAUGGCGGAUGAGCAAAAGAUUGUCCAGAAGAUUUUGACGAUAAUCCAAGGAGACUAUGUAGAGAAGCCUGACUUUGCCCUAAAAUCUAUUGGUGCCGCCAUCGAUUUCGAGCACACGUCGGCAACCUACAGUUGCGGCAAAGCUAGAUCCUACUGGAACUGGUUCCGUCUCUGGGAUUUCGCCCAUUCCCCGGAAGUCAUAUUGGAGCCCAACGUGACCCCGGGCAACUGCUGGCCCUUUCUGGGCCACCGCGGCCAAGUGGUCAUCCGCCUGGCCAGAAAAAUCUACCUCACAAACAUCACCAUUCAGCACAUCCCCAAGGCCGUCUCGCUCUCCGGAAACCUCAGCGCGGCCCCCAAAGACUUUGCCGUUUAUGGCAUCGACGACGCCGGAGAAGACGUUUUCUUGGGGGCCUUCAUGUUCCAAGCUGACAGCUCUCUCCAGACAUUUGACCUCACGAACAAACACGCCAAGCCCUUUGGCUCCAUAAAGCUACAAAUCACGUCAAACUGGGGCCACCCCCGUUUCACGUGUCUGUACCGUGUGCGGGCCCACGGAACCUUGGGAGAGCCCGAGACCAUCGCCUGCUGACCCCUCCUGCGCCUAGGCGGCCGGUAGUCUUUGGAUAGAAAUAAAGUUCGA